UGAAACAGAACAGGUUGCGCGUUCCAGCCGUCACUCGGAGGCGAACUGUUCUGUUUUCAGCCAUGGCCUCGCCGCCGUCUCUCCUCGCGACGACUCCCCUCCUCCUCCUCCUCCUCCUCCUCCUCCUCGUCCUGUCGCCCCGCCUCCCGCCGCGCGCCGCGGCGUCGUCGUCGUCGUCGUCGUCGCCAGCUCUCGGAGGCGAACUCCUGGGCGCGGCCCGCGCGCCGAGUUUCGCCGCGUGGCUGCGCGGCGUGCGGCGGCGCAUCCACGAGCGCCCCGAGCUGGCCUUCCAGGAGCACCGCACCAGCGAGCUCGUCCGCGCCGAGCUCGACGCGAUCGGCGUGCCGUACGCGUGGCCCGUCGCGCAGACUGGCGUCGUGGCGACCAUCGCCGGCGGUGGCGAUGGGCCCGUCGUCGCGCUCCGGGCGGACAUGGACGCGCUCCCCUUGCAGGAAUUGGUAGACUGGGAGCACAAGAGCAAGGAAAAUGGAAAGAUGCAUGCUUGUGGGCAUGACGCUCACACAACCAUGCUUCUUGGAGCAGCUAAAGUACUUCACUCUCGGAAGGAUGAUUUGAAGGGCACUGUGAAGCUCGUCUUCCAGCCAGCAGAAGAAGGUUACGGCGGGGCUUACCAUGUUCUAAGAGAAGGUGUCCUAGACGAUGUGUCGGCCAUUUUCGGCUUGCAUGUUGAUCCAAGCCUUCCUGUGGGCGCCGUUGCGUCCAGACCAGGGCCGUUUCUUGCAGCAUCAGGCAGAUUUUUGGUGACGGUCACCGGGAAAGGCGGGCACGCUGCGGCGCCGCACGACGCUGUGGACCCCAUUGUUGCGGCAUCCUCUGCCAUCGUCAGCCUUCAGCUGCUAGUUGCCCGGGAAAUUGAUCCCCUCCAGGCUGCAGUGGUCUCAGUCACGUUCAUGAAAGGAGGCCAUGCUCACAAUGUCAUUCCUGAGUCAGUAUCCUUCGGAGGCACGUUCAGGAGCUUGACGACAGAAGGCUUUUCGUAUCUUAAGAAGAGGAUCAAAGAGAUCAUAGAAGCGCAUGCCACUGUCCACCGCUGCGCCGCCACUGUCGACUUCAUGGAGGACAAGCUCCAGGCAUAUCCAGCAACUGUAAACGACGAAGGGAUGUACCACCAUGCCAGAGAAGUUGCAGAGACCAUGCUCGGGGAGGGCAAUGUGAGGAGAGGCCCCCCAUUAAUGGGCGCCGAGGACUUCGCCUUCUACGCGCAGAGAUUUGCGGGGGCGUUCUUCAUGAUCGGAGUCCGCAACAAGACCAUGGAGGCGAUGCAUCCCCUGCACUCCCCUCACUUUGUGAUCGAUGAGGAUGUGCUGCCGGUAGGAGCUGCCAUCCACGCUGCCGUGGCGAUCGAGUACCUGAAUAAACACGCAGCCCCGGCAGAGUGAACUGAACUUAGAAAUGUGAUUCUGUUGCUUCAUUACUUGUACACAGAUUAGGAUACUGAAGGUCAAGUUGUAGUUUCGCCUUUGUAUUCUUUUCAUACUUCGGUUGCCUCUGGAUUUCUGCGCGGUUUCUGGAGAUGGAAUUAAAUGAACAUUUAAAUAUUUGGAGUUCUCUCA